AAAGCUGAAAAUACAUGUCAUUAGUAGUAAUAUUUAUUAUUAUAAAUAUUAUUAAAUAUAAUAUUAUUAGUUUAAGUUAAAAAUGAGAAGGAAUUACACAAUAUUAUAUAUUUAUAUCAUACUAUUUAUAUUAUUUAAAGAGAUUCAUGCUAGCGGAAGUAAGUUAUUCUAUAAUGUUUACACUUUGUUGUAUGAUUACAGAAUAUAAGUCGAUAUUUACUUACUUACUUACUUAGUAACUAAUGAAAGUUACUCCUAAUGGAGGAUAGGCUACCGAUCAACAUUCUCUAAUCCACACUGUCUUGGGUCUUCCUUCCGAAUUCUAUUCAAUUGUUGUUGUUCAUUUAUUUUCAUAUCUGUUAACAUUUCGUGGAGUAAUGUGUUGUUUGAUUUUUCAAAUGAGAACUUACUUUGUGACAUAGUUGAGCGCUUUCCUUAAUGUGUAUUCUAUCCACUUAUAGUGUUUCUUAAUGAUUUCUUUAUCUGUUAGAAUCUAGUUUUUGUUCUCUUCCUGUUAUAACUUGUGACAUGAGUGUCUUGUUAAUGUAUAACGUGACGAUGAUCCGCCAAUUAAAGAGUAGUGAUUUAUCAAUCGGAUCAAUGAUGCAUAAAACAAGACAACCAAAGUUUGUAAACGUAGAUGAAGAUGGUAAUCUAAGAGGUGAAACAAGAGAUAUUACUAAUAUAUUUGAUGAAAAGAAAACAUUAGGUUCAGCAUUCAUUACACUGUUUUACAAUUUAUGGUAUUGGUUAAAAGCAUCAUUGGGUUUACCAUGAAGAAUUAAUCAUCAAUAAAAUCAAUUUUUUUUUGUUUCUAUGUAACUUUAUUAUUUUUGUAUUUUGUUUCUUUGUGUUUUUCUUUUCAUUGCUUUUCUUUUCUUUUUUUUUUGUUGUUGAAAAUUUUAUUUAUUUUUAUUAAGAUGUGAAUAUUAUGCAAAUGGAUUAUUAUUUUUAUCAGUCAAUUUAAUUUUAACAAGAUUAUUUCGAUGAUUAUUAUUGUUAUGCUGUUCUCUCUUCUAUUGAAGUUGAACAAUUAAAGUAAUAUCAUUUUAAUAAUAAUAAGUAUUUUGUUUUAUUUAAUCAAUAGUCAAUAGCUUGAAUGAUUUUGAUCAUGAAUUAAUUGAUUUGAAAGUAUUGAUUGGUUGUUUACAUCGAAUUGUGGGAUUUUUCAAGAGUAUACAUCUAUAAGAUUGUGUAAUCAUCUUUCAUUGUGUUGAGUUAGUGGUUUUUGUCUCUAUCUGAAACUGAAAACCUGGGAUUGAAAUUCAACUGGCAGAAUUGUGGAUGUACAUUGCUGAAGAGUCGUACGAUAAGACGAAACGGCCGUUUAGUACUUCCAGGUUUUUUAAUUGUUGUCUAACAUCAAUCAGUUUAUGAUUUCAAUCAAUAACUUGAUAAUCUCUACAACCCUAUAGUGAAAUCUUGAAUGGUUUACAUGUACAUAUAUAUGGGACAUCCAUUGUUAUGUAGGAUUCAACGUACGACUUUUUGGUUCGAAGUGAUGACCUUGAACAAUCAAAGUAAUUUUAGUAAUUAGUAGUAGUAGUUAAAUGUUGAAUGAGUGAGAUCAUGAACUG